ACAAAAUGGAGGAGGAAGUUGGAACGGAUGAUGACAUGCACACUGCUGAUGAAGAAGGGAAAACUCCUUUAAGAAAAGGCCAAUUAAAUGAGCGGGAAUUACAACAAAAGCUCGCGGCACUUGAAAAGGAAAUCGCCAAACUUGGAAUAAAUAGAAUGCGUGAAGGAUUACCUCUUCCAGAAUUUUAUUCGGGAAUAGAGGAUUUUGAGGCUUACCUUCGUAGAUUUAAUAAAAUUGCCACCGCGCAUCAGUGGAGUGGAACGCGAUGCACUCAGAUUUUACCUUUAUAUUUGUUGGAGGAAGCUCGCGCGAUAUAUGAUUCUUUGGGCGCAGACUCUAAAAAUACUUGGAAAGGACUGACAGACGCCUUAGCAAUAAAAUUGAAGAAAUUAAAUACAAAGGAAUCAGCGCGUAGGAUGUUGACGAACAGAAAACAAAAAUCUAAUGAAUCUAUAAUUGAAUUUGCGCAGGUUAUUCGAAGUCUAAUAAACAAGGCUUUUCCAGAAAAUUCCUUUAAAAAAGUUGUUCUUGAGACAGAAGAGGCGCGAUCUCAGAGAAUUAAAGAUUGGAGAGAUGACCUUGCUAAAGACUAUUUCAAAAAUGGAAUUAAAUUGGAAAUUAAGGAAAAAUUGGCAUUUAUUACAACGGAUACACUAGAAGACACUAUUAACCAAGCCAAACAGAUUGAGGAGGUGCAAAAUGCAUUGAAAGAAGAUAGAAUGAGGUCAUAUCAGAAUAAAUUAUCUGAGAAGGCAAUACUUGAAGUUAACGCUGUGAGAGACCAGGUAAAUGAACUUAAAGAGCAGGUUGAUCGUCGCAUGCCAACACAGCCUGUUAGGGGAAAUUAUAACAAUUGGAGAGGAAACUUUAAUACUCGAGGCAAUUGGAACCAACGAAAUAAUUAUAAUCGGGAGCAAUACUCUAAUAAUAGAAAUAAUUUCCAAUAUUAUAACAAUUGGAGAGGAGCAAAUUAUAAUCGAGGUCGUGGUAAUGUAAGAUGGGGACAACGUCGAGGAGCUGGAUCUUUUAAUUCGAAUAAAAUUCCUAUAAAUAAUCCAAGAAAUUUUGGAGCUGGAACAUCGAAUUCGGCACGAAUUAAUUCCCUAGCAAUGCCUUAUAUUACUAUAAUGAUGCUUUUAAUGUUUUGCCAAGGAAUUUUUGGACAAUACCAAAUUUGUCCAAAGGAUAAAAUUGGUGAAUCAAUGACGUAA